AAACGAUGGACGUAAUACAAUUCAAUCUUCAUGUCAAAAAAAGAAAAAUGCCGCUGCAAAAGAGAAACGUAAUGCUAAAGGUUGGUUUUCUGCGUUGACACUGGAAUUCGCGUAUUUCCUUUAGUCAAUAAGGACUUAUAAUAAAAUGUUUGAAAUGAAUGCGGCAGAGCCAAUGCAAGUGGAUGUUCCACUUGAAGACAACGAAAACAAUGAGACAGAGUGUUAUGUCGUGGAAAACCCAACACUGGACUUAGAAACUUAUGCUGCGUCAUACACAGGCUUUGCCAAAUUGUACAGAUUAAUGUUUGUAGCAGACCAUUGUCCAUCACUAAGAUUAGAAGCCCUAAAAAUGGCUAUAGCAUAUGUUAUGACUACAUUUAAUGUAAGUCUUUAUCAAACACUCCAUAAGAAGCUUGCAGAGGCCAUAGCCACUUCGGGGCUACCUGAUGUAGCUGCUCAAAUGGGUUCUCAAGAUAUUCCUGUCCUUGACACUAUGUGGGUAGAACUAAAAACGAAAAAGGCUGCCAUAAAAUUGGAAAAAUUAGAUACAGACUUAAAAAAUUACAAAACCAAUUCCAUAAAAGAAAGCAUUAGAAGAGGGCAUGAUGACUUAGGUGAUCAUUAUCUGGAUUGUGGAGAUCUAACAAGUGCCCUUAAGUGUUACUCAAGAGCCAGGGAUUACUGCACCAGUGGUAAACACAUAAUAAUGAUGUGCCUCAAUGUUGUUAAGGUUUCUGUAUAUUUGCAAAACUGGGCACAUGUCCUCAACUAUGUUUCUAAAGCGGAAAAUACACCAGACUUCAUAUCCGAAAUUCCUGGCAAAGACUCAAACCAAGCAAUACUUACUCAUUUAAAAUGUGCUGCUGGAUUAGCUGAGCUGGCAACAAAGAAGUAUAAAUCUGCAGCAAAGCAUUUUCUUUCGGCUAGUAUUGAUCAUUGUGAAUAUCCUGAACUAUUAAGCAGCAAUAAUGUGGCUGUCUAUGGUGGCCUUUGUGCUCUGGCUACUUUUGACCGUUCAGAGUUACAAAAGCAAGUAAUAGUUAGCAGUUCUUUUAAAUUAUUUUUAGAACUAGAGCCACAGUUACGUGAUAUCAUUUUUAAGUUCUAUGAAUCAAAAUACGCUUCCUGCUUAAGAUUAUUAGAUGAGAUAAGAGAUAAUUUGCUCCUAGAUAUGUAUUUAGCACCACAUUUAAAUUCUUUGUACAUGCAAAUUAGAAACAGAGCAUUAAUCCAAUACUUCAGCCCAUACUUAUCAGCUGAUAUGCGUUUAAUGGCUGCUGCUUUUAACAGAACUGUGAAUGCUUUAGAAGAUGAACUUAUGCAGUUAAUUCUUGAUGGGCAAAUACAAGCUCGUAUUGAUUCACAUAAUAAAAUAUUGUAUGCUAAAGAUGUAGACCAGAGAAGCACAACAUUUGAAAAAAGCUUAGCAAUGGGAAAAGAAUACCAGCGGCGGACAUCAAUGCUAAUUUUGAGAGCUGCUGUUAUUAAAAAUCAAAUCCAUGUUAAAAAUGUUGGUCGAGAUCCUGGUCCACAAGGUGGAGAAGCUCCCGGGUCCAGCACAAGUGUAACACCGCGUACAUAUGAUGUUGUACCUUGUGAUGAUAUACCUUUCACUAUAUAGACUACAAACCUUAUACUCUUUCAUGCCAGUUAAAAAUAUCUUGAGAAACUGAAAUUUUUUACUUUGUACUUUGUAAAAAGCUACACCACACUCACUUUCAUGCCUUCUAGGCUGUGUCCACCGUAAAAUAUAUAUAUGUGUGAUAAAAAAUACUUUUGUUUGUGAAUGUACUGCAAAUAAAAUGAGGAUUAUUUAUAAUAUUGAAAGGAGUUUCAUUAUUCAACUUGUUGAAUAUAGUUAAAAAGAUUGUCGAAAUAUCUUCUACUCGCUAUUAUCUGGAGCUGAAACUAAGAUUAUUGAUACAAUUGUAUAAUAAUAAUGUACACAUUCAUUGUUUCUGUGUUUUUGCAUUAUGAAUUGUCCUCAUUUUUGAGCUUAAUAAACAUGAUCUUGUUUGGAAACUUCUGUAUAUUUUAAGGAAAAUGUAUUAUCAGCAAUUCAGACAGCCAGAUGCAAAUAUCUUGUGACAUUGUUUAUACAGAAAUGUAACCAUAAUUGUCUACGUAAUUUUUAAUAUUAUUAAAAAAAUAAGUAAGUGCAAAUAGAACUUUCUUUUCACAUAACUAGUCUUCGCUAUACCUGAGUAAAAUUGAAUUUAUGACCCACAGACAUGAGAAUUGGACACUUGUAAAACAAAAAAUAUGGCUAUAGCAAGCCUCAAAGAAAUUUUAAUUAGAUAUAUCAUUAUUAUUAUACUGUGGACAGAAAUAAAUUAGAUACUGUUUAACUUUUA